AUGGAUUCAGACGGGAAUGGUGCUUCACGCAAGCUACUUUUAGAUGAAGUCCUUCAACUAUUGGAGAAUACAAAGGCGAGUUUAGAUGUUGCUCAUUCAAUCGCUUUGCAAAUUAGUGAUUCAACAGAGACAUUUAACGUGUAUGUGUCCGAUUCGAACAUUGAAGACGAUGCUCAUCAACAUUCUCGCUCCAAUCUCUUUACAAUUGGAACUAGUUUUUCAAAAGGUAAAAGUGCAACAAUGGUUGAAGAGAAGUCUGUUGUUGGUGAAGCAAUUUCUUGCCCCAAUGAUCAAGUUGUGAACGAGAUGCUGAAGAUUUUUGUGCCAGAUCUAUUUACCGAAAAGCUCCCGACCAACGGAGCAGAUUUGCUUUGA